AGACCCAGCGCUUCUUCGAUUAGAUGGUCACUGACCUCCCCUUCUUCCUCACUCUCGAGCCGACUGAUCGUUCCCGGGCGUCUCGUCGCCACCGCUCCUCUGCACAUUUCGAUGUGAUGGAGACGGGAUACGACUUCAUUCUCGGCACUCCGUGGUCUCGUCGGUUCCGCAGCACCGAGGCCGAUUGGGCGACCAACACUCUCGUUCUCAAAACGAAGUGUGGACAGACGUAUCGCGUACCUUUCAUAGGUACCACGGUGAUACCACGCCCCGAUCCUCCUCCCCCGGAACCUUCAGUGCCCACACCAUCUCCCUCUAUCACUGUCACCUCGCCUCGGCAGUUCGCUCACUUCAUUCGACAGGACAACGUCACCUUCUUUAUGAUGGACGUGACGGAUCUCUUACACUAUAAUCCACCCUGUCCCCACGCCGAGCUCAUCCCUCUGGAGCCAUAUCCUCCCUCUAUCUCCAUGGCUCCCAUCUCUACUUUCGUCCCUCCGCCGUCCGUCGAGUCCACCUCGUCAUCGCGCGUUGACGCUGACACUGAGGAACUCGCACGAUAUACGGCUGACUUGGAGCCUGCAGUUCGUGACCUCAUCCGAGAGUACCACGACGUUUUCCCAGCGUCAUUCUCGUACGCCGGCAUCCCACCGAUGCGUGACGUCGAACACUCCAUUCAGCUUGUGCCUGACUAUCGUGUUCACCACCAGGCACCCUACAAACUCUCGAUCCCCGAGGCCACUGAACUCAAGCGUCAGCUUGAGGAGCUCCUGAGACUGGGUUUCAUUAAACCCAGCAACUCCCCGUGGGGUGCGCCCGUCCUCUUUGCUCGCAAAGCGGACGGAACUCUCCGUCUCUGCAUCGACUAUCGCGGUCUCAACCGCUACACGGUUAAGAACAUCUACCCCAUGCCUCGUUUCGAUGAGCUGUUCGACCGCCUAGCAGACAACCGCUUCUUUAUGAAGAUUGAUCUUCGUAGCGAUUACCAUCAGAUCCGCCUACGUGUCCGAGCAGUAGCCGAGUUCCAUGACCAGGCAGCUGUCGGUCAUAUAGGCUUCCACAAGACGUUGGCUCGUGUGAGCCGCCUGUACGUCUGGCCGAAGCGCAAGGACUUUGUGAAGAACUACGUCGCAGAGUGUCCCACCUGUCAGGAGGUGAACAGUGCGAACCACCUGCCUUAUGGUUUGCUCCAGCCUCUUCCUAUCCCUGAGGGUCGUUGGCAGUCCAUCUCGAUGGACUUUAUCGGUCCUCUUCGUCCUCCGACCCCUCGCGGUCAUGAUGCUCUCCUGGUCGUCGUCGACCGCUUCACGAAGCGUGCACGCUUUGUUCCGUGCCGCUAUGCCAUCAGUGCACGUGAUGUCGCCGACAUCGUGUUUGACCGAGUUGUGCGUGACCACGGCUUACCUCUGAGCAUCAUAUCUGAYCGUGACCCGCGCUUUACCAGCCGAUUCUGGCGACGGCUCCAUGAGGUAUACGGCACUCAGCUCCGCUUCUCCUCGUCUUACCAUCCUCAGACUGAUGGUCAGACCGAGAUCGCGAGCAGGACUCUCGGAGAUAUUCUUCGAAAGAUUGUUCGUGAUGACCAGCAGUGGGAUCUUCAUCUUGCCCACGCGGAGAUAGCCUACAACCAUGCCAUCUCGCUUGCCACGGGGAUGUCGCCUUACUAUUGCGACCUCGUCUAUCACCCUCGUGUUCCCUCGGACUUCCUUCGACCGUCCCAGCUGCACCCCGACAUGAGUUGUCCCGCGCUGGACGAUUGGGUUGCAUACAUGACGUCGAUCAUGAAGACCUCACAUGAGCACAUAGCCGCUUCCCGGACUCGCAUGGCAGCACGUGCGAACCGAUUGAGGAUGGAUCAUCCAUUCAAAGUCGGUGAUGAUGUGCUAAUCGACGCCCGCCACUUACAGCUCGAAGCGAACACGCUUCGCAAGUUUCGACGUCGCUUCUUUGGCACAUGCCGCAUCCACCAGGCCGUCGGUUCUGAUACGGCAUCUACCCGGUCAGCUUCCGUGUGAAGCUGCCCGACUACCUACACCAGGCUCGUGUGCACGAUGUCUACCACGUCUCGUUACUGCGUCCUUACCGCAGACCGCCUGAGCGU